GAGUUAUUGAUGAUACACAAGUAAAGAUGAAAGACAAAAACACUAGGGAUUACCCACAGCCGGAGGACGACUCCAUGGACUCGAUGGCGAGCAGCAGUGGCACUAGCGGUGGCAGCGGUAGUGGCACCAACAACAACCGCAACACCCCAAAACUAGGGCUGCCAAUCAGGAAUUCCAGGAAACUGGCUGAACCAGGAACUGAGGGGCCGAACCCCUCGAAUGGCGGCUCAGCAGUCAAUCAGAAAGCAACUGUGGAAGCUGAGAUGAAGCCAGCACCACAACGAAAGAUAAUCUGUCUCGAGUGCCGCAUGAAGUUGGCUCUACUUGGGAAAAUAUGCCGAUGCGGCGUUCCCAACUGUACCGUACAUCCCUACGACAGUCGCAUUGACGACGACACCAGCUCCGACAGCGAUAGCAACAGUACUAUCACCAUUCGGCACAGCGAGCUGGCAAUCAAAAACUAUAAGGACACCAUCGGGCUAUCGGCUCGUCCGGAUACUGAGCAACUGAGCAAAAAUAGCGGCGAUGAACUACUUGCCAUCAAUCAGCCGAUGGACGACGAAGUGGGUGCCUGGAAGGUGGAGGCGGAGGAGGGACAAGCUGUUGACAAGAAAGUCGACACUUCUGUGGAUAUGCCGGACACCACAAAAAAGAAUCGCUGUGCCACGUGCAACAAGAAGUUGGGCAUCAUUGGCGGCUAUCCAUGUCGCUGUGGCCUCUCCUUCUGUGGCUUCCAUCGCUAUAGCGAUCGUCAUAAUUGUACCUUUGAUUAUCGCGAAAUGGGCGCUGAUGAGAUUCGUCGCGCCAAUCCGGUCGUUAUUGCCAACAAGUUGAACAAGCUUUAAACCAAAUCAACAUAAGUAUAUCUCUUAUGUUUUUGCAAUUGCAUCUUUACAAAUGUUGUAUCAUAGUAUUUAUGUACAUACAUACAUAGAUGUUUAUUAAUGAGCAUACCAUAAAGAAACGAACGAACGAAUGCAACAAACACACACACACACACACACAAACAGAAAGACAAACAACCAA